AUAUUUUCUGACAACCAGGCAGCUUUUAAGACAUUCCAAGACUACGAGAUUAUCUCAAAAAUUGUCUGAAAUUGCCUAAAUACCAUAAAAAAGCUGGAAUGUUCAAAUAGAUUAAUGCUAAAGUGGGCUCAAGGUAAUCGUAAAAACGGAGCCUCAGAACCUUUUAUGUGCCCAAAUCGCUUUUGUGGCAAAAAUAAGCCAACCCAAGAGCUGAAAUCUUGGAAACAAAUACUCGAAGCGUAAACCAGGCAUGAGGCAAGCAAAAAGACUACUUGCAAAACAACCCAAUGGAACAAACAUGCUUCCAUUUAAAAAAGUUGAUAAUGUCUAGAUGAGACAAAAAUGACAGAACAAAUCCAAUGCAACUGCCUCACUACUAGGAAAAGGCUAUGGUACCUGCGAGAACCAUUCUUGAGCUAUGUAGAUCUUGACACCAUACCUUUGAGAAUAAUUCUUUACUUCAUACUAGUAAUAACUAUUUAACUUAGUAGUAUUUAAAAUGCAUAUAAUUACAGCAAAAAUAAUUUGGGCUUCCAUAGAAAUCUGCCUCAACCACUACACAUCAGUGCUUUUCAAUAUUAUUCCCUUGUACUCCAAACUAAUCAAAAUUCCUCAGAAAUGACCUAGUCACAUAGAAAAAGUAGAUUUUACCCCUAUCUUGUUCCGUCUAGGUUUCUACUCAGGGGCAAAUAAAAACUGAAUCUAGUAACAGCCAAUAUCAAGUCUAUGGAGGGAACAAAAAGCUUAAAAUUAUAGUGAGGUAUAACCCAUACACGGAGGAACACAAUAGUCCUAUUUUGAUGUAUGCAGUGCUGUACGCUGCAACAGUUCUACCUUGGAAUUCCUUGAAUAUGUUUAAUGGCUUGGAUUAGAAAACUCUCCAGAGCUCAGGUUAAUUUUUCUAAGCAUAGGAGCUUUCAAUUUUAUUCCUACACAGCAAAAGAAGCAAUGAGCGGAGACAGAAUGGGUGUACUUCUUAGUGAUGUGGUCAUGGAAUUGGACAGAUUCGCCAACCCGCAGAUGGCUGAACCAUGGGAUAACGUUGGCCUCUUGAUUGAACCGGCGACACCAACUUCGAUCAAAAAUGUCCUUCUUACAAAUGAUCUGACUGAGGAUGUAAUGGAAGAAGCACUAGGGAAAAAUACAAAUUUAAUUAUUUCUUAUCACCCUCCAAUUUUUUCUGCGCUUAAGCGUAUUACAAAUACACAUUGGAAGCAACGAAUUGUAUCCAAAUGUCUUGAAAAUAGGGUGGCUGUAUAUUCACCUCAUACUGCUUGGGAUGCAGUUCAUGGUGGGGUGACAGACUGGCUCACUACAGCAUUCAGGGGUUAUUACGAUGAAAGUACAGUACAACCCAUUGUAAAUCCUGUAGAUACAAGUAUGGAUGGUAAUUUUGGAAUGGGUCGUAUAAUCAAAGUACACAGCAUCACUUUAAAUGAUUCUGUAGCUCUGUUGAAAAAACACACCCGCCUCGACCAUCUGAGAAUAGCUUUAGCAAAAGGAAAAACUCUAAGCUCUGAAGUGAGCGAGAUUGCUCUUGUCCCAGGCUCUGGUGGAAGCUUGUUAAAAGGUGUGAAAGCAGAUUUGCACAUCACCGGCGAAAUGUUCCACCACGACCUCCUAGAACUGAACCAUGAUGGGGUUUCUGUGAUUCUGACAAACCAUUCAGAUUCGGAGAGAGGAUUCUUGAAAAAAAUGGAAGAUAAACUCAAUAUGUUGUUCGAAGGGAAAAUUAACAUUGAAACAUCUGUUAAAGACAAAGACCCUAUUGUAUCUGUUUAAUAAAUGUAUUAUUUAACCAAAAUAAAAA